CCGCGGCAGAGGCUCCCUCCGUCCGGAACGGCGAGAGUAUGAUAGGCCGGAAUGAAUCCUGCAGCUCAGAACAGAUACCAAUGUCUUACGUCACUUGCUUGCUGUACAUACUAGAAGAAUGGACUGGUGUGCAGCGCUUGGAAGAUUACCUGAAUUAUGUAGCGUACCUUUUGUGGCUGUUUGCGCCUCUCAUUGUGUCUUUCAUCCUUCCCGGACUUCUCCUCCUCCUCCUCUAUGUUAGCGUGAUCAUCCUUCAUAUUUAUAAGAGACGGACUGACCUAAAAGAGGCUUAUUCCAAUGAUUUCUGGGAUGGCGCAAGGCAAAUGCUGGGAACUCUAUGGUAUGGGCAUGCCAGGAUAUGGAAUGGCUAUGAGGUGCACGGCCUCGAAAAAAUACCAGAUGGCCCUGCGCUUAUUGUCUUUUACCACGGAGCGACUCCAAUCGACUUCUUCUAUUUCAUGGCCACCAUCCUGAUCAGGAAGAAGAGGAUCUGCCACAUUGUGGCCGAUCACUUUGUCUUUUCGAUUCCAGGUUUUAAACUCUUGCUUGACGUGUUCAGUGUUAAGCAUGGAUCGCAGGAGGAGUGCGUGAAAGCACUAAGGAACGGCGACUUGCUGGCCAUUGCUCCGGGAGGAGUUCGGGAAGCCCUCUUCAGUAACGAGCACUACCCCAUGAUAUGGGGAAACCGGAAAGGGUUUGCUCAAGUGGCUAUCGAUGCGAAAGUGCCCAUCAUUCCGAUGUUCACACAAAAUGUUCGGGAAGGAAUUCGAUCACUUGGCGGAAUAAAAUUAUUUAGGUUGAUAUAUGAAUAUCUCCGUUUGCCCAUCGUCCCGCUGUAUGGAAAUUUUCCUAUCAAACUGCGCACCUUUCUUGGGGAGCCGAUUCCGUAUCAGCCCAAAGUAACUGCUGAGGAACUGGCAGAACAGGCAAAGAGUGCAGUCCAGUCUUUAAUAAACAAACAUCAGAAGCUGCCUGGGAAUGUUUUCAGAGCUCUAACAGAACGAUUUAUAAUACGGAAAAAAGAAGAUUAA